UACUUCUGUCCAGCACUCCACUGGCCUCUUGUCGCAGUCUCAGAGCAGGAAGUUUGACCAAGAUCAACCAUGACGACUUACAGCGAUAAAGGAAGGAAGCCUGAGAGAGGCCGAUUCCUUCAUUUCCACUCCGUGACCUUCUGGGUUGGCAACGCCAAGCAGGCUGCGUCAUUCUACUGCAACAAGAUGGGCUUUGAACCACUAGCCUACAAAGGCCUGGAGACGGGUUCCCGGGAGGUAGUCAGCCAUGUGAUCAAGCAAGGCAAGAUUGUGUUCGUCUUCUCCUCUGCCCUCAACCCCUGGAACAAAGAGAUGGGUGACCACCUGGUAAAACAUGGUGACGGAGUGAAGGACAUCGCUUUUGAGGUGGAAGACUGUGACUACAUCGUGCAGAAAGCCCGGGAACAGGGCGCCAAAAUCGUGCGGGAGCCCUGGAUAGAGCAAGAUAAGUUUGGGAAGGUGAAAUUGGCCGUGCUGCAGACAUAUGGGGACACCACACACACCCUGGUGGAAAAGAUGAACUAUAGUGGCUGGUUCUUGCCUGGAUUCGAGACCCCAGCAUCUGUGGACCCCCUACUUUCCAAGCUGCCUACCUGCAGUCUCGAGAUUAUCGACCACAUUGUGGGAAACCAGCCUGAUCAGGAGAUGGUGUCUGCCUCCGAGUGGUACCUGAAGAAUCUGCAGUUUCACCGGUUCUGGUCUGUGGAUGACACACAGGUGCACACAGAAUACAGUUCCCUACGCUCCAUCGUGGUGGCCAAUUUCGAGGAGUCCAUCAAGAUGCCCAUUAAUGAGCCAGCGCCAGGGAAGAAGAAAUCUCAGAUCCAGGAAUAUGUGGACUAUAAUGGGGGCGCUGGGGUCCAGCACAUUGCUCUCAAGACCCAAGACAUCAUCACAGCGAUUCGCCACUUGAGAGAGAGAGGCAUGGAGUUCUUGGCUGUUCCACCAACGUACUACAAACAACUUCGCGAGAAGCUCAAGUCGGCCAAGAUCCGAGUGAAGGAGAGCAUUGAUAUCCUGGAGGAGCUGAAAAUCCUGGUAGACUACGACGAGAAAGGCUACCUCUUGCAGAUCUUCACCAAGCCCAUGCAGGAUCGGCCCACGCUCUUCCUGGAAGUCAUCCAGCGCCACAAUCACCAGGGUUUUGGAGCCGGCAACUUCAACUCACUGUUCAAGGCUUUCGAGGAGGAGCAGGACCUGCGGGGCAACCUCACCGACUUGAAGAACACCCGGACCCUGCCGGGCAUGUAG